CUGCCCCCGCCGACGCAAAGGAGCGCGAUGUCGCCUUGGCACGGUACCGCUACUUUCUCUUUCCAUUUGUGCAGACGCUCUACGCCGUUGCGCCGCACGAGAAGGCUCUUGUCGCGUGCUUGGCGACGCAGUUCUUAGCGCUGCUCGGAGACGUUCGUGACGCGACGCCGCUGCCAGCGUUGACCGAUUACGUCAUCCGCGACAUUGCUGUCGACCCGACGCACUGCGCCGAUUGCAAGAUUCUUCGGGAAUUCCUUAACGAUGGCGCGAUGCGUCGUCGAGUGGGUCGCCUCGCGGCGCUCUGUGAUGUCGUUCGCGGUACUCUGCACGCGCACCCGACGCGGCUCCGCGCUAUCAAGUGCCAGGGCUCCGAGUCGGACGACGAGGACUCGAUCGAGAAGGAAGAGCAGCCCGGGUGCGUCUCUCGCUGCGCCUUUUACCGAUACACGACCCAGCAAAACGAGUUGGACGAAGACAUUCGUAUGGUGGCUGCCGUGGACGCCAUCCUCGCCAGCCGAAGUCCCAAGCUCCAACGGUGCAGCGACGACCAUCACGACCACUAG